UUUAUUUUAUUCAUUAGUCAUUUGUUAGUUUCUUACUUAUUAGUUAUUUAGUUUUGUUUCAUUAAUUACUUAUUAAAAAUAAUUUUUUUAAUUAUCUAUUUUGUUUAAAAGCAUUUAGCUUUAGAUUCUGUAAAUAUCGAACAAAUUCGAGUUUUAUCGACACAAAAAUCUCUAACAGAUCUCAUUUUAAUGAGUAAAAAUAUUAACUAAUAACCAUAAGCUUUAUUCUUUAAUUUUUUUAUUGAUAACUAAAUUCAAUAUGUUGUCAUCAAUCGAACUACAGCCAUCUAAUCAAACACUGAGGCUUGUAGAUAGAGAUCGAUUGAUUGCACAACGUGUAAGAGUAAUCUCUGACGAAAAGCUUAUAUCUAAAACAACAGAAGCGGCUAGACCACAACAAAAUUUAUUGAAUAAUUUUAGUGACUUGACCAAUGAUUUUGAUAUUAUUCAAAAUUCAAACAGCGAUGAUCUAGUAGACUUAGGUAAUAGUCAAAUGUCAACAUUUUUUCGAGAAUUUUCAGAAAAUCAAAAUACAUUGUGCAAAGAAGAAAAAAAAACAGCCGCUUCUAAUUAUAAGACUAUAAACGGAUUAGGAUUUUACUAUUGUGAUUCAUGUCCAUUUCUUUGCUUAAGUGUCAAAAUUAUUUUGGAGCAUAAUGAAAAAAGUGAUCACUUCCAUCAUUCAUCACUUAAAUCUUUACUGAGAACAAAAUGUAUAGGAUGUGAUAAUAUAUUUUAUUCAGUAAAUGUUCUUCGAUGCCAUUUGAUUGAAGAUCAUGAUGUUUUAUCUGUUGAAGUUGAUGGAUUAGUACAGCUGGUAAUUGAAGCUAAUAAAGAAGACACUGUAUACAACAAUAAUGAUACAUCUCAAACCAAAAACAAUAAUUUACCAGAUUUUAAUGAUACAAUACUAGAUACUUCUGAGUUUGGCUGUAAAUCAGAUUUUAUUGACAAUCAAAACACAGGAGAAAAAAGUUCAGCUGAAAAUUAUCAUUCGAAUGAUGCUUGCGAUGAUUUUUGGGAGUAUCAAGAACAAGUAUUUAAUGGACUUCAAGAAAAAAACACCAUUGAUGAUACAAAUAUUAUAGAAAAACAUUUAAGGUGUACCAAUGGAAAGUGCAAAGUUAGAUUUAGCACAGAAGAAAAUUUGAUGUAUCAUUUAAAAUGUCAUUUAGAUGACAAAUUUAAAUGCAUAGAAUUCGAAUGCCAGUUUACCGAUUCUAAAUGGUUAUCUAUGAUGACACAUUUGUGGAAAACUCAUAAUAUAGACAUUGAAAUGUUCGGUUGCAACCAAUGCGGAUUCAAGACUAAUAGUUUAUACAAAUUGAACACAUUUCAUAAAAACAUUCAUAAAACGGAGAAACCAUUUUUGUGUCCUGAGUGCCAGAAAGGAUUCAAAUCGAUCAAACAGCUUAGGAACCAUAAGUCGAUUCACUUUAAAACCGAGAAGCCACCGCCUAAAUUGGAACUAACGUGUCCGCACUGUUGCCGCAACUUCGGCACCAAGCACCUGUUGCAUCAGCACAUUGCCGCCGUGCACAUUGGGGUGCGGCCUUAUACUUGCCAAAUCUGCGGGUACGCCACUGCCAUCGCCAGCUCGCUGAAGCUCCACCAGCGGUCGCAUACAGGCGAAAAGCCGUUUUCGUGCGACGAGUGCGACUUCCGGACCGCCGAUCACAACACGUUGCGAAAGCACAAGUUGCGGCACACUGGCAUAAAGAAAUACACAUGCCCAAUGUGCGAUUACAAGUGCAUUCAGGCCUCUUCAUACAAGAAUCAUCUUAAGUCUAAACACCCAGGGAUGGAUGAUGGUUUCAUGUACAGCUGUAAUAUGUGCAAUUUUAAAACCAUUCGUAAAGAUAAGUAUAUGUUACAUAUUGUCAAACACAAGGAGGAAUCGGUGCACAUCAACGGCAUAUGUGAACCUACCGCCAACUUAGAUGAUAUGCUCAAUGAAAAAGAAAAAAUACAAGCCGAAAUCAUCGAACAACCGUAUUACCCCUUUAACACUAUCAGAGUUAAGCCGAUAAACACGAUUAACAAUGAGACAGUGGAAAACACUAUCUAAAGAUUAAGUUUCUUGUUAUCUUUCUGUAGACAGCUCAACGGCUGGUUACAACACCAAUGCCCGGUGGAUGGUAUAAUGUCGCACAAUAUGUACAGAGGAUAUGUUUAUACAACCAAUAAAUUGUUUAUAAAUUUGACUGUUAUUCAAACAA